AGUAACAACUCCAUGAUUAUUCCCCCUGAUCUCAGUGGUUUUGACCCUCAGAGAGCAGCAUCUCCAGGAUUCGGCUGUGUGUCUAUGAAGAGCAACAUGUCCAUGUUUGAGCCUCCUGAUCUCAGUGGUUUUGACCCUCAGAGAGCAGCAUCUCCAGGAUUCGGCUGUGUGUCUAUGAAGAGCAAUAGAUCCAUGUUUGAGCCCCCUUAUCUCAGUGGUUUUGACCCUCAGAGAGCAGCAUCUCCAGGAUUCAGCCGUGUGUCAGUGAAGAGUAACAACUCCAUGAUUAUUCCCCCUGAUCUCAGGGGUUUUGACCCUCAGAGAGCAGCAUAUCCAGGAUUCAGCUGUGUGUCUAUGAAGAGUAACAACUCCAUGAUUAUUCCCCCUGAUCUCAGUGGUUUUGACCCUCAGAGAGCAGCAUAUCCAGGAUUCAGCUGUGUGUCUAUGAAGAGUAACAACUCCAUGAUUAUUCCCCCUGAUCUCAGUGGUUUUGACCCUCAGAGAGCAGCAUAUCCAGGAUUCAGCUGUGUGUCUAUGAAGAGUAACAACUCCAUGAAUAUUCCCCCUGAUCUCAGUGGUUUUGACCCUCAGAGAGCAGGAUCUCCAGGAUUCAGCUGUGUGUCUGUGAAGAGUAACAGAUACAUGUUUAUGCCCCCUGGUCUCAGUGAUGGUGACACUCAGAGGGCAGCAUCUACAGCAUCUAUCUUUGACCCUGUUACCAUGAGCAGGAAGAGAAAGAGAGCAACUUCUCCACUGCAGCCCCCUGAUCUCAGUGAUGAAUCAGAUCCUUUUGAUUCUGUAUAUGCAUCCUGUCAGACCUUCACAUCUUCUUACUAUCAGAACCACAUCAAUCAUUAUGAUACAGAAGCAUCCCUGCAGCGUGAUUCUCACCCACCAGUGCAUGAUGAUCUGCAGAGAGUCAAAGACCAGCACAAAACUAUCAUGAAGAACAAGUAUGAGAGCUUAUUUGAGGGAGUCAAACUACUAGAGAAUCAGACCCUCCUGAACAGGAUUUACACACAGCUGUACAUCAUAGAGGGAGAGAGUGAAGGAGUGAAUGAAGAACAUGAGGUGCUACAGAUGGAGAAAAGUUACAGGACACUCCAAGACACUCCAAUCAACUGCAAUGACAUCUUUAACCCUUUACCUGAACCUGGAUAUGAGGGGAAGAGAAGAGAGCAGAAAGACAAAAUAAAGACUGUUCUUACUAAAGGCAUUGCUGGAAUUGGAAAAACUGUCUCUGUGCAGAAGUUCAUUCUGGACUGGGGCGAGGGAAAAGCCAAUCAGGAUGUAGAUUUCAUGUUUGUGCUUAUAUUUAGAGAGCUGAACUUGAUUAAAGAUCAUCAGUACAGUCUUCACAGACUUCUGCUUGACUUUCAUCCUGAACUUCAGCAUCUGGACUCAAAGAUUUAUGAUGAAUGUAACGUUGUGUUCAUCUUUGAUGGUCUGGAUGAAAGCAGAAUUUCACUGAUGUUUUCAGACAAUCAGAAAGUUUCUGACGUGACUAAAAUUUCAUCAGUGGGUGUGUUGAUGUCAAACCUCUUGAGAGGAGAUCUGCUUCCUUCUGCUCUCAUCUGGGUCACCACCAGACCAGCAGCAGCCAAUCAGAUCCCCUCCAACUACAUCAACCGUGUGACAGAAAUUCAGGGAUUCAAUGACCCUCAGAAGGAGGAAUAUUUCAGGAAGAGAAUCAGUGACGAGCAUCAAGCCAGCAGAAUCAUCUCACACAUCAGAAGAGCAAGAAGCCUCCACAUCAUGUGCCACAUACCCGUCUUCUGCUGGAUCUCAUCCACUGUGCUUCAAAACAUCCUGAAACAUCUCAGUGCAGAAAUCCCUGAAACUCUGACUGAGAUGUACAUCUACUUCCUGCUCAUUCAAACAAAUAUGAGGAACCAGAAGUAUGAAGAGAGAGCUCCAGAGAAACUCCUGCAGUCCAGCAGAGAAGUGAUUGUGAAACUUGCUGAACUGGCUUUCAAUCAGCUGAUGAAGGGCAAUGUGAUGUUUUAUGAGGAGGACCUGAGAGAGAGCGGUAUAGAUGUCAAUGACGCCUCAGUAUAUUCUGGGAUCUGCACUGAGAUCUUUAGGGAGGAAUCUGUGAUUUAUCACAGGAAGGUUUACAGCUUUGUACAUCUGAGCUUUCAGGAGUUUUUUGCAGCACUGUAUGUGUUUUACUGCUAUUUACACAAAAACAGUGAGGUUCUGAAAAUGUUCCUGACAGGAAAGCCCAGAACUCAGUGUGAGAAUGUUCCUCUGGAUGUGUUUCUGAAGGAAGCAAUGAAUAAAGCCUUGAGCAGUGAAAAUGGACACCUGGAUCUUUUCCUUCGGUUUCUUCAUGGCGUCUCACUGGAGUCCAAUCAGAGACUCUUAGAGGAUGUACUAAUACACACAGAGAACAACCCAGAGAGCAUCAAGAACAUAAUCCAAAACCUCAAACGAGGUCAGAAAAACAAUGUCAGCCCUGAAAGGUGGAUGAAUCUGACACACUGCUUGAUUGAGAUGAAAGAUAAUUCUGUUGUUGAAGAAGUGCAGGCGCUUUUAAAAUCUAAAACAAGAAGCAAAAUUAUUUCUAUUGCACAAUGUUCAACUUUGGCAAACAUGAUCCUGAUGUCAGAGGAGGUGCUGGAUGAGUUGAACAUUAAUAAGUACAACAUCAAAUCAAAAGAGGGCAGACGCAGACUGGUACCUGCUGUGAGAAACUGCAGAAAAGCUGUAUUAACAUCCUGUUAUCUCACUGAUCAGCACUGUGAAAUUGUGGCUUCAGCUCUACAAUCAUCAAACUCCCCCAUGAGAGAGCUGGACCUGAGUAAAAUCCCCUGCAGCAUUCAGGAGUGAAGCUGCUUUGUGCUGGACUGAAGAGUUCAAACUGUCAACUCAACAUACUCAGGUUUGACUUUUACAUUAUGUU